AUGGACAUGGUUGUCAAAUCCGACGAUUCGCCCAGCUUCACGGUCGAACCUUCCAGCUUCUUGUCCACAGAAUUCGACAGGAAUUACACUCAAUAUUUUCUACGGAAAGUCGUACCACUCCUCUCCACGACGAAGCAAUGGAACCUGUUUUGGUCGUCCAUCGUCCCCCAGGCCAGCUGGCACAAUCAAUCAAUCCACCAUGCAAUGGUUGCGCUUGCAGCUACUUACGAGUCUAGCAUCUCCGGCAUCAAUCGGAGUAACGAGAUCAUCCGUCAGAGCAAUCUCGCAAUCCGUGCGUUCACGGAUCGGCAUGUUUCUCCCGAUAUAGCGCUGAUAAUAUGUCGCUUAUUCUCCUCCAUGGCUCAGUGCACAGGCAACUGGGAAACUGCAUUGAUUCAUAUGCAAAGCGGCGGCAAGAUACUUAUGGAAGAGAGCCAGAUCAGUAAGACGAACGGUGAGAUCGCGAAACUCAUGGCGCCGACAUUUCUGUGUGUAACCGAGAACAAGAUUGGUUACUUGGACGCUCUCGAGAGAAUUCCUUGGACCAAGCGGGCAUCACUUUCCGAUCUUGAGACUAUUCACUCCGAGUACGGGAAACUAUUACGCUCGCUGGGGAGUCAGAAACAUUGGCGCAAGAUCGGAUCGUCCAACACAUCAUUCCUACUCAUCUCCUGGAGCAUCAUGACGCAAGUAGUCUGCUCUAUGAUGUACCCCGACAUUGUUAUGUUCACCGCAGAGGAUCCGAUAGUUCCAGCUACACAAGUUGGGAUCAAGUUACUUGAAGCCGGAGCGCUACUGUCCCUUGAUGAACUCAAGACGACUUCACGACAAUUAUUCGACGAUUUGCGAGACUUUUUCAGACAGUGUCAAGAUGGCACCGUCUUCUGCGCAAAUCACAAACCUCGACUGAAGAGAUGUGUAGAGAACUUCGUUGUGCAAGCCGCCGAGGUCGAACCUCGGAUGACUGCAGGCACAUUCUGGCUCGAGGAAGGGGAGGAGGCAUGUGCUAUCGACGAAUAUUUACAACAUGCUCACCCCGGUGCAGACGUUCAAAGCCGGGCGGGAGGCUCCAGGUGUCGCGUCUCUUCACUGUCCCAGAUAGAACGCCCACCAAUUCGGACAGAAGAUUCGUCACGGGAGCAGAGAGAAUAUUAUCUCGAAUAUGUCUGCCCCUACAGGAGCGGCUUUAUACCGGCAUUCACAAACAGGACUUGA